AUGGGAGCAGUAGCUGGUGGUGAAGAAAAAGAUAUUGGUGCACAGAUCGCACCUAUCAUUAAACUUGAAAAAAAUCCUUCCUCUUACUUUCGCAGUUUCUUUUUCUUCUUUAAUCAAGUUGACCACAUUCACAAUCUACCGCCAUUUUUUUUGUCUUUGCAGCCUAAUUUGGUCUUCCAUGAUGUAUUUACUCCACUUCAGGCAUCCAUCCGUACCGAGUCUUGGAAAUGUGCAGAGCAUUUAAUUACUGAAGGUGCUGACCAAAAUUUUGGACCAGAGGGAGUUAAAGAUUUGCUACUUGCAGCACCUGAAGGGAUAACACAAAUCGUCAAGCUACUGGUUGAAGCUGGUGGAGAUCCAAAUGUGACAAAUAUCCAUGGACUAAAACCAAUAGAGGCUGUAGCUGUUCACAAUCAUCGCCGUACUAUUGAGAUUCUUUUACCUGUGACUUCUCCUAUUCCAUCAUAUGUGGACUGGAUCAUAAAUGGAAUAAUAAAGCAUGUAAAUUCUAAGGAGUUCGAAAAAAAGAUGACUCGAAAAGCAAAUGAGACUUUUCUUGAGGAAAAAUCAAGAGGCGCCAGCGCAUUACAAAGAAAGGAGUACUGGCUGGCAGUAUAUUGGUACUCAGAGGUUAGUAAAACUGCGAACCAAUCGAUUCUAACAUGUAAAAGUAACAGGAAGUCUAGGGUGCACACUUUCACAAACUUAUCAAAAGCGGGGAUAAGGAACCUGUGUAGUGUUAUCUUCAUAAGCAUACAAUUAGAACAAGAGUUUGGAUCCUUUUGCAGUGAGGACCGGGAUAAUCUACUUAUGAGAAGGUUUUACUGGUAGUUUGAUGUCUCCGCUUUUCGUUCAAGAUAUCCCGGAAGUUGGGUCUUCUGGUGCUUUAUUCGGUUUACUUGGUGAGAUGCUCUCAGGACUUAUCAGGAAUUGGAAAAUUUAUAGCGACAAGUUCACAUCAUCGGUAGUACUAUGUGGUGUGAUUGGAAUAUUAAUGGUUGGUGGAGAUAAAGGAAACUAUAUAGCUGUAAGCAUAUUAGAUCCAGCUAUUGAAAUAUGGGAUCUCAACCUUGGCCCAUUGAGCAUGCCAGAAGUGUACAUCAUCAUCAAAGGUACCAUUGGAUCUAAUGCAGAAUGGGUACAUCAUAUUCCUAGCUCUAACUGAAGGUGAGCAAAAAACCUGACCAAAUGUGCAUCAUCAAUCUGAAGAAACCCAAUCCAAAAAUCGUCGCGAAGGAAGAGAUGGGAUGGAAGAAAGUAAAUUUGAUUGGAGCAGCAUGGGAAGCUACUUCUUGUAUUUGUAUUUCUAUGACACUUUUUUGCCUUAGAGACAUCCGACAAUGUAGAGAUCAUUUUCCUUCUAAAACAUUUUGUAAGACUUUUUUUUCUUGAAAGCAUUGUAAGAUUCUCAGAAUGUGAUUUUAAUAUAUAUACUCAAAUGACAACUCUUGUUCUGUCA